AUGCAAAUUGAAGUACCAAUUGUAGUCACAGCUGACUUCGAAUCAACACUAUAUCCAGUUCCCUCGACAGACAAUGCCUAUCAACGGCACGAGGCGAACUCGUUUGCUUAUAUCGUAGCAAGUAACCUUCCCAAAGAGCUGUUAGAGGAAGCUGAGAUAAACACCUCACCCUACAUACACAGAUCGGAAUCGGCUGCAAAAGAAUUCCUUUUACAAAUGCAGGAGCUAGCUGUAAAAGUGGAAAAGCUGUACACUAAAAAUGUGAGCAUGAUUGCAUUAAAUGAUGAACAACAGAAACAGCAUGAUGAAGCGACAAACUGCGAGCUGUGUGAAAUAGCAUUUGAUGAGACAUUGGUUCAGUCAAGGAAAUGCCGGGACCACGACCAUAUAACAGGUCAGUUCCGUUAUACCUUGUGCUCGUUGUGUAACACCCGCUGUCAACUUCCAAACUUCAUACCAAUAUACUUUCACAACCUUUCUUCAUACGACGAAGCAUUCAUUAUUAAGAACUUGGCAGUAUUACCCAACAGCGAAAUAAAAGUGAUCCCUAGUAAUUCAGAAAGAUUCAUCAGUAUAUCGAUAAAGAUUGGGAGGAUGUGGCUUAGGUUUUUGGAUUCAUUUCGCCUAAUGGCGGACAGCCUUGCGAAUCUCGCUUCGUAUCUCACACCGACGGAACUCGUAGAGUCAUCCAAGCUUGUGCCAGAACAGCAUGUGGAGUUGAUUCAAAGAAAAGGGAUUUAUCCCUAUGAUUAUGUAAAAGACUUUGCUGUAUUCAGUGAGGAAGCACUGCCACCACGUGAAAGCUUUUACAAUGCCCUCAAUGACUCGGAAGUUACGGAUGCAGAAUAUCAACAUGCCCAACACACUUGGAAUACAAUGAAAAUGAAAAAUUUUGGACAAUACCAUGAUUUUUAUCUGUUAUUGGAUGUUUGUCUUUUAAUGGACAUAAUUCAAUGCUUUCGCAAAAACUGUGUAGCCACCUAUAACAUUGACUGUUGUCAUUCAUUUACAGCGCCAGGUCUAGCAUGGCAGAGUAUGCUACGUAUGACUGGUGUAACUUUGGAAUUGUUGACGAACUAUGACCAUUUCUUAAUGUUUGAAAGUGCGAUUAGAGGCGGUUUGGUACAAUGCUGCCACCGCUAUGAAAAAGCCAACAACCCACUUUUAGAGAACAGCGAAGACUAUGAUCCAAACAAAGAAACCAAAUACAUGUUGUAUUUGGACUGCAUAAACUUGUAUGGAAGCCAAAUGAAAAAACACCUUCCAACUGGAAAUUUUGAGUUUGUAAAUGAUGUUGAUGAUCUUAAUUGGUCAAACUUACCUGAAGAUUCGCCGUAUGGACUUUUACUAGAAUGUGAUGUCACAGUGCCAGAGCACUUGCACGAUCUAAUGAACGACUUCCCCAUCUUACCAGAACAAAAAGAUGUGGAUAAUCAGGGAAAACUACUUGCUACGCUUGAAGAUAAAAAACACUAUAUCGCUCACUAUACAGUGUUCCAGCAGGCAGUCAAAUUAGGCUUGAAAAUUACAAAAGUUCACAGAGCGUUGCGAUUCUCCCAGUCGCCGUGGAUGGAAAAGUUCAUCGACAAAAACACCACAUUAAGAGCUGAAUCUACGAAUGAGUUUUCCAAAAAUUUCUACAAGUUUAUGAAUAAUAGUGUGUUUGGAAAGACGUUAGAAAACGUGCGCAAUCGUGUAGAUAUUAGAAUAGUAACUUCUGAUGAAGCGUUCCAGAAGCUGUCACGUCAAGCAAGAUUUGUUGACAGAAGCAUUAUCGCUGAUGGUGUGAUCGCGGUACAUUUAAGAAGACAAAAGGUAGUAUUAAACAAGCCAGUCUAUGUUGGUUCAGUAGUUCUCGACAAAGCAAAAGUUCAUAUGAACUGGUUUCAUUAUAUGGUUAUGAAGAAAAAACUAGCUCCGCCAGACUUUGAAGUGUAUGUUAACUAUUCUGAUACUGAUUCUCUAUUAUAUACCAUAAUUACCAAGUUAAACCUAAAUAAUGAAUUGAAGGAAAGAUUGGGAGAUGUACUGGAUAGGUCAUGCUAUCCCAAGGAGCAUGAGCUGUGGCUGGAAGGAGCGAUUCCUCAAAUAGGCACAUUUAAGGAUGAAUGCAAAGGAAGACAGCUAUUUGAGUACGUAGGAUUGCGUUGUAAAAUGUACUGCUACAGGUUCAACUCCAGCCAACAGACAACGGCAAAGAAAAAGUGUAAGGGAAUAAGCAAACGCUAUGUCGAAAACAAAAUUUCAUUUGAUCACUACAAGAAGGCACUGUUUGAAGAUAAACAGUACAGAGCGACAUUUAACCAGAUAAGAAGCAAGACAUUUCAACUCACCUCUAGAACAGUUGAUAAACUCUCUCUGUCAGCCAAUGAUAACAAACGCAUAGUGUUGCAGGACAAAAUUAGAACUUUGGCGUAUGGGCAUUAUCGAGCUCGUCAAAAUGACGAUGGAGGAUCGUCAGAAUAUGAUUGUAGUCAGUCUUAG